CGUGUUUCGAACUCCUCUUCGACGAGAUGAUUUUCAAAGCUCCGCUAGCUACACAGACAAUCUGCUGAAUUAUGAGCUUCUCCCGGGCCGUGAAAGAGUCUCCAGCGCUAAGCUCCUUCUCGCCAAGCGGAAAACACUUGGCUGUCCCGUGCACAACAAAAGUGACAAUCUACAACGCCACUACAUUCCAGGAGAUAACUAUACUUUCUAAUGUUGACAUCGUCGACGCCAUCGAGUGGUCUCCUGACUCUAAACUGUUGUUGUGCGUGUUGCUGAAACCUAAGUUAGUCCAGGUGUGGUUCCCGGAGGAUACAUCUUGGAAGUGCAGGAUAUCGGAAGGGUCGCUAGGGCUCAUCUGCGCAUGUUGGAGUCCUGACAGUCAGCACAUCUUAACAACAGCUGAUUUUCAGAUUAGGACGACAGUGUGGUCCCUAGUCGACAAGUCUGUGCUUUACCUGAAGCAAGCCAAGUUUCCUUUGUCACUGCAAUCAUUCAGCCAGUCGGGAGAACACCUGGCAGUAGUUGAGCGAAAAGAUGCGAAGGACUUUGUCAGCAUUAUCAAUUGCAAUACAUGGACUCUCGAACAGAAUUUUCCAGUGGCAACUGAAGAUGUCUCUGGCCUCUUGUGGGCUCCAAAUGCCGAUACAUUUUGCAUAUGGGAGUCUCCAACGACAGGGUUCCAACUCUAUGUUUACAACACUACUGGCAUUCAGAUUGCUUCAUAUGGUCUUAAUGAUGAGAUUAUGGGUAUCAAGUCCCUCUCAUGGUCACACUGCGGGCAGCUGCUACUGCUUGAGAGUUUUGAUGACAAGCUUAUGCUAUUGGAGACAGUUGCUUGGGGCCAGCUGUUCGACUACAUGCUUCCAGAAGUCCUGACAGACGACAGCAUGAUUGUAUAUAAGGAGGUCAAGAAGAAACAAACAAUUAAGAAGACUCCAAAACCUAUUGAGAGCUACUAUGAGGUCCUGCCUACUCGACCGGUGAGCCUUAAAGACCUGAUCAACACCACUGACAGUGGGGAUAUGUUGUCACGAAGAACAGCCGUUGAGCUCAGCGCAAGUCAGAGCUAUGUGGCACGAAUCUCAGCAAUGUUUCCAAACGUCGUUUUCGUCUUGGACGUCAAGAAACUCGUCGUUGCUGCUGUGUUGGUGCAUCUGAACCCUGUAACCUGCAUUACCUGGAACCACCAAUCUGACAGGCUUGCCAUUUGCACUAAUGCAAAACACCUUUGCUUGUGGACGCCAUCGAAUGCACUCACGCUCGAAGUGCCCUGCAAAGGGCCUUUCCACAUCAGGAGUUGCCAGUGGAAUCCCCAACGGAAAAGCCUUGUAGUCCAUGGACAAGAUGCAGCUGUGCUUUGCAGCCUCAGUCACUUAGACUGACUGGAAAGAAGUCCAGCAUACUUCACUCACAAAGAAAGAAGACGAGACAACAAGUUUUAUAUGAAUAUAAGCCUUUUAUUGUAA